AAAAAAAAAGGAAGGGAAGAGAGAGAGAACAAACGGGGAAAGGAUAUGAUAUACGUGUGUGGCUGUUGAAAUUCCCGGGAAAAAUCACACUGCAGUUGGUACUUGGGACCUCCCUCUUCAUUGUCUCUACCGACCAUUACACUCUAAAAUCCUCUUUCAUAGCCGGACUACGCCGGAAAAUUCCUUCGCCACCCUUUAACCUCAUUUUCCGGCACCAUGAAACACUCUAGAAUCUUGACUGGAGGACCAACUGACACGAUUUUUGUCCGUACCACGAACUUGGGUCCAAAUCUGAAAAGGGUCUGUGAUCUCCGGCGGCCAUCUGUUGUCAGAUUUCCAGUGACUAUUUCCACCGGCUCAAGACCCGGCGCCCCAUCACCGGUCCGGUCUUCGUCGCCGACAGUUGCGCCGGAGACUGAGUCCGGUCCGGUGAGGGGCUUGCCAGGGAAAUUACAAGAUUUUGAGGAGAUGAUUGAGAAGGCUGUUUACGGGUGCAGGUUCUUGGCUAUUUUUGCAGUUUGGGGGUCCUUGGUUGGCUCUUUACUAUGUUUCAUUAAGGGCUGUACUUAUGUUGUGGCGUCUUAUCAACAGUACUUUGAGAACCGGGCAAAGGUGAUCUUCUGGUUGGUUGAGUCCAUUGAUGUCUAUCUUUUGGGCACCGUGAUGUUGGUCUUUGGCAUGGGUCUGUACGAGCUCUUCAUCAGUAAUCUUGACAUUGCCAAAGUGCAGUCAGAGGAGAAAUUUGCAAACAGAUCAAAUCUUUUUGGCUUGUUUACUUUAAAGGAACGGCCGGAAUGGUUAGAAGUAAAAUCCGUAAAUGAGCUGAAAACCAAGCUCGGCCAUGUAAUAGUGAUGCUGCUUCUUAUUGGGUUGUUUGACAAGAGUAAAAAGGCAGCUAUACACACUCCAGUGGAUUUGCUUUGCUUUUCAGCUUCUGUUCUGCUUUGCUCUGGUUGCUUGUACCUUCUAUCCAAGCUCAAUGGUUCUGACUGAUGGUAGAUGCAUACUUCAUGUAUGUAUGUAUGUACACGCAGUAAUAGAGAAUCAUGUAAUGGUAAGUAUGUCGUAUGUGUGGAUAAAGCAACACAGAGCUAGUCCAUGAGGCUGUAAUGUAAAUAUUGGAUGCCAGCUGAUAUGUCAGCGAGAGAUUAUAUAUAAUAUAGGAAUUGUCCAGACUUAAGG